CAAAUCAUUAUGUUUAUCAUAACAAAGCUCUUAUUCUUCAUAACUCUUCUAGUGACAGUUUUCUCUCAAAAUGUUAGCAUCUCAGUAACAAGAUUAUGUGAGAGAAAGCAAUGCAACAAUGCUCAAGUAUUUGAUGAUCAUUUGUGCCAAUGUGUUUGCCUCACAGAGCUACAGUGUCCAGGUUUAACAGUCCUUGAGCCUCAAAGCUGUACUUGUUAUUGUCCUCAGGAAUUCAGUAAUUGUCCACAGUAUCAAACUUUUGAUCCAUUUAGGUGUGCAUGCAUUUCUUCAAAUAGCAGAUUACCAGAGCCAAUUCAGCCACAAAAUCCUAAUCAAGGGGCACCCUAUAAUCCCUAUCAUCCAUCCCAACCCUAUCAACCUCACUCUCCAUUUGCACCAUCCCCACCACCUGGUACUCAAGGACCUUACAUACCACCAGGCACUCAAGGACCUUACAUACCACCACCUGGUACUCAAGGACCUUACGUAUCACCAGGCACUCAAGGACCUUACGUACCACCACCUGGUACUCAAGGACCUUACGUACCACCAGGCACUCGAGGGCCUUAUGCACCACCUGGUAAUCAAGGACCAUAUUAUUAUCCUCCUGGUUAUCAACUAGGACCUUAUGUACCACCAGGUAAUCAAAGACCUCCAGGGAGUCAAAGACCUUAUUAUCCUCCUGGUACUCAAGGACCAUAUGUACCCCCACCAAGUACUCAAGGACCAUAUGUACCACCACCAAGUACUCAAGGACCAUAUGUACCACCACCAAGUACUCAAGGACCUUACGUACCUCCAUCAGGUACUCAAGGGCCAUAUGCACUACCAGGUAUUCAAGUACCAUAUUAUCCUCCUGGUUCUCAAGGACCACCUGGUAAUCAAGGGCCUUACGUACCCCCACCAAGUACUCAAGGGACAGCAGCACCGCCAGCUAAUAAUCAAGUACCACUACAACCACCAACUAAUCAAAGGCCAAUAUCCCAAGGGCCAGUGUCACCCAAUACAGGCACACCUAUUGACAGUAACCAAGCAACAGCCUCUAUUGGCUGUUCAAAUGAGGUACGUCUUCGUUGCCAAGGACACCAAAUGCUAGAUGAAAACACCUGUAACUGCUACUGUCCAACAAAUGCCAACAGACAUUGUUCCAGUUCCCAAAUAAUAAAUCCAAAUACGUGUACAUGUCAAUGUGCAAUAGUAAGCUGUGGCCCCAAUCGUAAAUUAGACACUGACAAUUGCCAGUGUACAAGUGCAUGUCCUGAGACAGCAGGCUCAUGUGCUAAUUCAUUGCAAAUGUUCAAUCCUAGUACUUGCUCUUGUUCUUGUGUACAAGUUUUGCUUCCAACAUCACUUACUGAUAGACGUAGAGGAAGACAGCGUGGUAGAGGAAGACAAAGGUCACACAGUAGUCGCAGUAAACGAUCCAGUGAAAUGGAAGCAAUUGAGAAAAGACGUGCUUCAAAAUCCAAAUCCAAAUCGAAAUCGUCCAAAUCAAAAUCAAAGUCUAAAUCAAAAUCAGGCUUAGAAACCCAGCAAGCAAGUCGUAGAGUGCAGCCAGCUCCUUGUCCUGUUGGCUAUAUCCUCAAUCAAGCAACUUGCGAGUGUCUGUUUCCAGCUUUCAAUGAAAACUUUGCUCCAUAGACUACAAUUAUUUCAUUCAUUAAUUGUUGUUUAAUAAUGUUAUUAAUAAAAUGAUUAGCACAUUUAAGUGCAAAAAUGAGA